GCAAGGAGUGGGCACCGCGAGCGAGCCGCUGGGGGCCUCCAGACCCGGCCCAGGACAGGGGUGCCUGGCGGUCAUGGGAUGGUCCGUGCGUGAUCCUGACGCCGUCCUUGCCGGCACAAGGAUGCGGGAGUAUGCUGAGGGGGUCAGUGAGCGAGAUAUCCUGCUUAUCCACUCCUGCCGCCAGUGGACAACAGUGACAGCCCACACGCUGGAGGAGGGCCACUAUGUCAUCGGGCCCAAGAUUGACAUCCCCCUGCAGUACCCAGGGAAGUUCAAGCUCCUGGAGCAGACCCGGGAUGUACGGGAGCCGGUGAGGUACUUCAGCAGCGUGGAGGAGGUGGCCAGCGUCUUCCCUGACCGCAUCUUCGUGAUGGAAGCCAUCACCUUCAGUGUCAAGGUGGUGUCAGGCGAGUUCAGCGAGGACAGCGAGGUGUACAACUUCACGCUGCACGCGGGCGACGAGCUCACGCUCAUGGGCCAGGCGGAAAUUCUGUGCGCCAAGACCACCAAGGAGCGCUCGCGCUUCACCACGCUGCUGCGCAAGCUGGGCCGCGCCGGGGCGCUGGCAGGGGGUGGCGGAGGAGCGGGGAGGGGAAGAUUUGCAGGAAGAGAUACCAGGGGCGGUGGCGUGGAGAGUUGUGGGGACAAAGAUGUCAGCAGGUCCCCAGCUUCUGAGAGUUUGAGUGAGCCUAGAGCAGUGUUACCCAGAAGGAUCCGGAAGGGUCCACGGAAGGGAGUCCUCGUUGCCCAGCGCGGGGAAGGCCCCGUGGUACAGGGAGUAGACACCGCGUGUGUUGUGAGCGGAGUGUGGGUGGGUGACGCAGGCUGGAGGGCCGGGCAGAUUCUCGGUAAAAGGGGGCAGUGGCCCCUCGGCCAGCUGCGGGUGCGUCCCCCUGUGCCGCCCCGCUUCCCCAAGCUGCAGCCUGUCCAUUCGCCCAGCUCCAGUCUCUCCUACUACUCCUCUGGCCUCCAGGAUGGGGCAGGUUCCCGCAGUGGCAGUGGCUCCCCGUCCCCGGAUGCCUACUCCCUCUAUUGCUACCCUUGUACCUGGGGAGACUGCAAGGUGGGCGAGUCUUCUGGCCACCUACCCCCGGGACCCCGGGCCUCGACCACCACACAGCCCAGCCAGGCCUCGCGGGCCCUCACAGAGCCCCUGGGCAGCCGUGCCACCUCCCUCUUGGGUGCUGAGACCCUGCUCAAGACCUGCAAUGGCUGCCCACCUUUGUUCAAGCCCUCUCACUCCCAGAAAUGCUUUGCCCCGCUGGGGGCUCUCAACCCUUUCUCGGGGCCUGCCUACCCCCCGGGCCCUCCUGCAGCCACCUCUGGGCCUACAGCCACCUCUGGCCCCCUGGCCGCCUCCAGCCCUGGGCAUUCUCCCAGACCAGCCUCCCCAGGCCAGGCGUAUUCUGCUGUUCCGCCCGCUUCCCUGUCGUCCUCUGAGUGGCAGGAGCCGGCCCUGGAGCCCUUGGACCCCUUUGAGCUGGGCCAGGGCAGCUCUCCUGAGCUCGGGCUGCUGUGCUGCCAGGAGCCCAGGGCUGGGGGUGCACCUGGGCCUGGACCCCGCCUUUCACCACUUGGUCCCCCCAAGGCUUUCGAGCCCGAAGGUUUGGUGCUGAGGCAGGUGCCCACUCCACUGUCACCAGCGGCUCUGCAGGGGCCUGAGGUGGGAGGAGCCCGCCUGUUUCUCAGCCAAGGGCGCCUGGAAGGGCCUCUUGCCAGUCCCAAGGAUGCCCCCUCCUGGCAGCCCCCUGCGGACCUGUCCGCGCUCUCCCUGGAGGAAGUAUCCCGAAGCCUGCGCUUCAUAGGGCUCUCUGAGGACGUGGUGAGCUUCUUUGCCCGCGAGCGCAUCGACGGCAGCAUCUUUGUGCAGCUCAGUGAGGACAUCCUGGCAGACGACUUCCACCUCACCAAGCUGCAGGUCAAGAAGAUCAUGCAGUUCAUCAAGGGCUGGCGGCCCAAGAUCUGAGCUGCAGCCAGGGCUGGCCAAAGUCUGAGGAAAGCACUCGCGGGGCCGGGUCCUGCCUGCCCAAGAAUCUGCCAGGACCCAUCACUGAGCAGCCACUCAGUGACUAUGAGAACACAGCGGACCCUGUAGGGAACACCCUGACUUUGUGCAGAGUAUGUGGGGAGGGGGCAGAGGCACCAGUGA